AAGGGAUACACGCGGCAUGGGAACUAGAGGUUCCAAGAGAGGUGGCGGGUUUCAUGACAGUGUAUGCACAGCCCGACUCUUGUUCCCGGGGAUUUCCAGAGCUGUGAAGUUGAGUGUCUUUCUCUCUCUCACCAUGGGGGAUAGUGGCUGGUGUAUCGGGGGCAGUGGUAGUGGAAGGCUCUCUUGGGUGGGAGUCAAGGGUGUUGUUGGUCAAUGUCAGGCUCUCUCUGCGUGGGGGCGCCAAUUUUUGCGUUGCCUAGGGCAGCACAAAACCUAAAUACACCAUUGUCUGG